UGGCUCAAGCUACCCAUUCUGACUUCACCUGAUAGUAGAUGAAAAAAAAUACAGAAAACACGUAUUUGGCGUACUAGGCUAUUCGUGUUGAUGACGUAAAAAUGCUAUUACUGUUUAUGGUGACUUUUGGCAUUUAAUUCAAUAUCUAUUUUGGUAUCGUAUUUUAUACCGUCGCCAACAAACCCGGAAGUGCAACCCAAGUAAACAGUUGCGACUUCCUAAAGAUGGUGUACGUGUCUAAUGGCCAGGUUCUGGACAGCAGGAGCCAGUCACCAUGGAGACUAUCCCUACUGGUCGACCUGUUUUGGGGAGCAGUGGAGUUUUUAGGCCUGUUCUUUAAAACAAUAAUUCACCCGGACCUGACGAAGCAUGGCAAUAACAGUGACUUAUCAUGGUUUUCUGAUGGCAGAGGUCCUCCUGGUCCCCCUGGUGGUCGAAGGCGGAUGGGAAGAAUCAAUUUUGGUGGCGGUCCCAGUCCUCCACCAAUGGGCGGAGGAGGAUGAGGAAGGUGAGGCUACAACAUAUACUCGCACCCUCACUCGCUAUAACAUUUGGUACACCUGCACAAUCUGAGAUCCAGUACAAAAAUUGUUGACACUUUCAGAGAAGUUUUCCAUCUAUGUGAGAGGGCCAAAAUACUAAACUCAGCUUAGUAUGACGUAGUACAAGCCUACAAAACUUCAUAGUGUUACCACAGUAAUACACACUGUUACAGUAAUAAGUCAAUACAGAGCAUUAUUACCUUUUUAAAAGGCACAUUUUUUAAUACAGCUGAUGUAUGGAAUGGCUAUCAUCAGAUUGUAAUAUUA